GCGCAUUUCUGCUGCGAGUUGUUUCAAAACAAACCCACCGCUGUUGUUCCGGACGAUUUCAGGAAAAGCCAUGCGGUUAACUUUUUAGCUCAUGAUGGAUUUCCCCUGCGUCCAGUGGCAAGACCACGUUGCACAGAAAUGGGCCGCUCUUGACCCGGAGCUCAAAGACAAAUUCUCAUCCCUGCUCGAAAUAGAUGAUGUGUUUAAAUGUGCUUUGAGUCUGACAACUCAGGACGAUGUGGACUUCGUGGAGUCGGUCUCUGCAGGACACUCAGUCCAGAAGGACACGGAGGAAGCAGCCAGGUGCAGGGAGAGGGGCAACUCCAGCUUCAAGACUAGGAACUACACUGCAGCUGCUCUGCAUUAUUCACAGGGCGUUUGCUUCGCUCCACAAAGUUCAGAGCAGCUCUCUCUGUGCUUCGCCAACCGGUCAGCUGCGCUCUACCAUCUGCAGCGUUACCAGGAGUGCCUUGAUGAUAUCGACAGCGCCUUGAAGAGUGGUUAUCCCUCUCAUCUUUCACACAAACUACAGGAUCGCCGCGCACUGUGCCUCAAGCACGUCUUUGUAAAGGAAAAGGAACAAGAGGAGGAUCAUGGUCCUGCCUCACAGGAUCAGAAAGGUCGAGGAAGAGUAAAGGCUCCAUCUGUUGGACCUUUCAUGUUUGGGAUUUGUCCUCAAGCUGCUGUUGGCUCUAGUGUGGAGAAAGGUCGACACCUGGUGGCCGCGGAGAGGAUAGCAGCCGGGGACGUGAUCCUCACCGACAGGCCGUACAGCUGUGUCCUCAUACCAGGGGUUGAGGAGGUGAGAGUGAAAGGAAGAAGGCGGGACAAGGAGGAAGAAGAAUUUGGAACGGAGCGCAGGCGCUGUCACUGGUGUUUGGCUGAAACGUUGCGCGCUGUGCCGUGUGACGGCUGCAGCUACGGCCGAUACUGCUCCAACGGCUGUCGGCGGGAGGCCUGGGAAGAUCAUCACCGCUGGGAGUGUCCGCUGGGGGCAGAUCUGACGGUGAUGGGUGUCAUGUCCCAGCUCGCUCUGAGGGUGACACUGAAGGCGGGGUUAAGGAACGUCCAGAUGGCAAAGGAGCCAAUCGGAGACAAACACAGGAAGCCAGAGCCAAGCUGUGACUCCAGUGAUUCCCAUCCACGUCACUCGAAUCUCCCCUCGACCUCGUACUACGGUGACUCUUACCUGAGCGUGUUUCACUUGCUGCACCACAUAAAUCGCCAAAGCCUCGCUCUGCGUUUCCUGUGCGCCGUUACCGUAGCAACACUCUACCUAAGGCUCAGCGAGGCUGGACCUCCACCUGCAUCUUGGAGCAUGAGCAGGCCCUCAGCAGCGACGGGCCAAUCGCAGGACGGACCAAACGAGGAGGAGGGAGAUGGCGCAGACUGGAGCUCAGAGCUGUGGCUGCUGGGAAGUGCGGUUCUGAGGCACAUGCUGCAGCUCAGGUGUAACGCCCAGGCAAUCGUCACGCUGCAGGAUGCAGGCGCAGCAAACUCACCAGUGCAGUCCAGCAGGGAAGUUCGGAUCGCCACGGCGAUAUUCCCAACUCUCAGCCUCCUCAAUCACUCCUGCCGCCCCAACACCAGCCUGGCGUUCAGCACCGGCGCUCACACCGAGCCUCGUCCCUCGGAUCCGUCCGCAGGGCUCAGUGAGCGUGAAGCUGAGCGCAAACACGGGGCCCCUGGAGUCACCGUAACAGUCCGAGCAGCCAGAGUUAUCGGUCCUGGGCAGGAGAUCCUGCACUGCUACGGUCCUCACAGCAGCAGGAUGGCGACCCAAGAGCGCCAGCGUCUCCUGCAUGAACAAUACUAUUUCCUCUGUCAGUGCGAGGCGUGCGUUCAUCAGCAGGACGAGGUGAAGGGAGAGGGAGAGGGCACAGAGCGGCAGCCGGGCCCCGGUGAUACUAGACUGAGGUGUUGCCAGUGCAAAGGACCCCUGGAGAAAAGCAGCGAGAACGGGGAGACGGGAUUCGUAUGUCCACCCUGCGGCCGCCGGACGUCUUCAUCCGAGCUGAGCCGCAGGCUGCAGGAGAUCAGGGUCGACCUGGAGACGGCGGUGGAGCUCAUGGAGAGAGGAAGGCCAGAUGAGGCUCUGAACCUGCUGCAAAGGACUCAGUGUCAGUCUAGACUCAUUCUAACGGAGACGCACCCACUACAGGGGGAACUGGCCGAUGCCACGGCCAGAGCAUAUGCUACAAUGGGUGACUGGACAAACGCGGCGUCCCACCUGGAGCGCAGCGCCGCGGCCGUCGGCUCCCAGUACGGCGAAGACAGCAUCGAGCUGGGCCGGCAGCUCUUCAAAUUAACUCAGCUACAUUUCAACGGCGGUGCCAGAGGCGCGGCCCUCGCCGUCCUCCCCAAGGUCAGACGGCUCCUCCGCCUCCACUGCGGCCCUGGCUGCCACGAGCUACAGGAGCUGGAGGCCAUGGAGGACUGUCUAAGGGGGUAGCCGUCAGCAGCGGUCGGAGCUUUUUGUGCUCGUCGAAGCUAAUUAAAAUGUUCUGAUUGCGGGCCCUGUGUGUUUACUUGAAUAUUUUUAUUUUAUUUUUAUUUUUUUUUAGAAGCGAGCCCACAGAACGGCGACAGGUAUGGAUGCAGUUCACUGAGGCUCUCAGACCUCUCUGUGUCAGAAUGUAUCCAUCAAUAAUUUCAAUUUCAUGCUUCAGCGGUGGCCCCGCAGUGUGAGGCGACUUAUCCUCCAGGUGCUUCCAGGUUAGAUGUUCGUCUCUAAAUGAAACAGAAGUAAAUGUGUACUUUUCCGAAAAAAAAAAAAAAAGAAAAGAGGAAAAAAGAAAAGAUUUAUACUGUAGCAAGUUUAUUCAAUCUAUAAAAUCUGCAAACACGCUCAGCUGCUUCACUUAGGUAACCAUCCAACCUUUAGAUGGCAGCAGUUAUCCACUGACUAAUUCAAUUUCACGCUCCAGUGGCUGACAAUCAAGAUGUAGCUUUGACUCUUGGACCAAAGAACGCACAUGUCCUCCAAGACCUUCAACUUAAAAGUCUUUUUAAGGCUUCACGUUAAGGCUUUUUAUUUAUGUUUUUUUUUUUUUUUUUUUACCUCCUGACUCGUAAUCACUCAAUAACGGCGCCGCACGCGGAAAACGAUAAAACGUCGAUCGCAGCUGGAAGUCCUGAGGCCUCUGCGAGUUAAACACCGGCAGUAUCUGGAGGGCAGCCAAUCAGACAGAUGCGGAUGCGAGUGCGAGUCAAGGUCAAGAUGAAACGUUUCCGUCUCUCCGAGAGGUGGCUGGUGGAAUUAGCUGAAGGGCGGUCGAGCCGCGACCUCCCGGGGGCCCACGCGCCUGAUUCCUCCCGAUUAUCGUGACGACGCGGUCGUCGGACGAGCAAAUAAAGCGAAUGAGCCGCUCGAAUUAAGCCGAGGUCAACCCCCGAGUUAAAAAUAGACACUAUCGCAGGAGUUAUUCAAGUGGGACAUUAACCCAGAGCACCCAGAGAAGGCCGAGACGUACCGCUCUGAACAUCAUUUCUUAAUUAAAUGUUUGGUCGAUGAGUCAUUAGGAAAAGCUCAAAACUCAAUAUUCGGUCAUAAAAACAAGUCCGACAGAACGUAACAGAGCCCGAUGGGACGUUAAUGUUGUCUCGUUUUAUCAGACCGGCCGUCAAAAACCUUCAAAUAUUCAGUUUUACUGCAGCAUAAGAUCAGCCUGAAACUUUUACAUGCUCAGCGUAUCAUUCAAAAAUGUUUCACCUUUCUGUGACCUCAUAUUCAUUUAUUUAAAGUUGUAAAGAAAGAAAUAAUUAGAUAUCAGUUUGGUACAUUUUGUCCUGUCAGGAGCUACCACAUCGAUCAGCCACAACAUUAAAACCACUGACAGGUGACGUGAAUACCGUUGAGUGUCUUGUGACCAUUCAGUUCUGCUGGGAAACAUUUGUGUGUGUGCGUGUGUGUGUGUGUGUGUGUGU